CUUCCACAUAAAAAAGCCGGCAUGCAGUUCACAAAUUAGUCUCAAGUUUGAAUGCCAGCCAUGCUAAUUGUCGAAAUUGCAUGUCGACUUUAUUGCAUUAAUACCGACUUCAACAAGCUAUACAAAAUAGAAACCAUGUGUAGUAUUGCAAGUGUAGCCACCGGCUAUCGAUUUAUAAUAAAUUGUGGAUUGUGUCUAAAUUACAGGAAUCACAUCUUGCAUCAACGAUGUUUCAACUCUUACUAGUAUUGUGCGCAAAGAAUAAUGUGAGAGACGAGCUUGGAAGUGGAACAGAGCUUCAGAACCUUUCUGAUAAUCUUUAUAACCGGCUUUUGGGAAUUUUGUUGCUAUUUUUCUAAGUUUUUUGCAUCCCUGACAAACAAGUUUGUUAUUUUUGGACGCAAGUUGACCUUGAAUACGCAGACAUGAACAGAUGAUGAUCUAAAGAUUUAUAUAAAGAAGCUUUCACUUAACAAAAUUAUUUUGAGACUACAAAACCAUGACACAAUAAUUCAUUCAUAGAUAGACCACAUUACAACAUGGAGAAGUCAUGGAACAUGCGCAAUUUUAAUUUUCUCACUAGCCACAUGACUU